AUGACUGCUAUUUGUGAAAACAGUCUUUACGACAUAUCUUCUUGUAAAAAGAAAUACCAUUUGCCACUCACCUUACCGUUAUUUGAUGGUCAUUGCCACGUUGAUUUAUUUUUCAAAUAUGGAUUAAAUCAAAAUGACUUUAAUGUACAACUUUCAUAUGGAAGAAAAAUCAUAUUCAUUGAUAGUCGUCAUCAAUAUUACAGAUGGUUCGCAAACUAUGAGAUCCAAAGUCCCAACGUAAAAAUAUUUACAACAUAUGGAAUUCAUCCAAAAUAUCUUCCAUCCGAUCCACAAUGUGUAUUACAACAAUUAGAUGAUAUCUUUAAAAAUAAAUUACAGCUGAAUACUACUACAGUAGGAAUCGGGGAAUGUGGACUCGACGAUACAAGUAACUACUCGCAUGAUUUUCAAUUAUAUAUAUUAAAAUACCAAGUUAAAUUAGCAGCUGAACUGAAGCUUCCAAUUGUACUUCAUGGUCGUGGAAUUACUUCGUUUGAAACAAUGCUACGCGAGCUUAAAAUACAUUUGAAUGAUACCCAUAGAAUUCAAUGGCAUUGUAUAAAUUCAAAAAGCGAUUUAAAUAUUAUAUUAAACUUUCUUAAUUAUUUUAAAAAUUCUCUUAUUGAUGUAAACGGAUCAAUGACAACACCAAACGACAACGAAUCUCAAAAACUUUUCAACAAUUGGUUACUGGCACGACAAGAUAUUUUAAAUCGAAUAAUAAUUGAAACGGAUUAG